AUGUCAGCAGCCAAAAGAGUCAAGAUGUCAGGCCCUGUUAUCGGAACCCACAGUGGCCACUUCCACGCCGACGAGGCCCUCGCCGUCUACCUGUUGCGCCUCCUCCCCGAGUACUCCAACAGCACCCUCGUCCGCACCCGCGACCCCGAAAAGCUCGCUCCCUGCCACACUGUUGUUGAUGUCGGUGGUGUCUACGAUGACGCAGCCAAGCGCUACGAUCACCACCAGCGCGAGUUCACCACCACUUUCCCCGACCAUUCUACCAAGCUCUCGUCCGCCGGUCUCGUCUACAUGCACUACGGCAAGGACAUCAUCUGCACUUGCACCGGUCUCACCAAGGACUCUGCCGAUGCCGAGCUCCUCUACCAGAAGCUGUACGACGACUUUGUCGAGGCCUUUGACGCCAACGACAACGGUGUCUCUGCCUACGACCCCAACGCCCUCCGCAAGGCUGGUAUUGAGAAGAAGUUCUCCGACCGUGGUUUCAGCAUCGCUUCCGUCGUCAACCGCCUCAACUACUCACAUCCUUCGCCCGACCCUUCUGCCGCACAAGCCGAAGAAGACGAGCGCUUCCUCAAGGCCUCCCAGUUCUGCGGUGAUCAGUUCAUCUCUGAGGUCAUGGAUAAGUUCCACUCGUGGUUGCCCGCCCGCGCUGUCGUCAAGCAAGCCUUUGGCGACCGCUUCAAGUACGACGACAAGGGCCGCAUCAUGGUCGUUCCCCACCGUCCCGAGGGCUGCCCCUGGGCCGACCACCUCUACGCUCUCGAGAAGGAGACCUCCACCGAGGGCUCUGUUCUUUACGUCUUGUUUGCCGAAAACGGCGAGGCCGACAGCAAAUGGCGCAUUCGCUCCGUCAGCCGCGAGUCUGGCAGCUUCGAGAACCGCAAGGAUAUGCCCGAUGCCUGGAAGGGUGUCAGAGAUGAGGAGUUGAGCAAGGUUUCCGGCGUCCCUGGUGGUGUCUUUGUCCACGCUUCCGGCUUCAUCGGUGGCAACAAGACUUUCGAGGGUGUCCUCGAGAUGGCCAAGAAGUCUGCUGAUGCAUAA